UUGAAACCCCUAGAGAGUGACAUACAACGUAUUAGUAAUAAUAGAAAGCUAGUCUUAUUUGAUCAGGAAAAACAAAAAAAAAAAUGAGGAGGAUGGGAUUAGGUUACCUUGCUAUGGAAACAACGAUGACCAUGACGAAGCAGAAGGAAGCAGCGGGGCAGCCCCGAUGAUGAUCGGGUCUGAUCUUCAGGAGCUCCGAUUAGCCGCAAUGAACCUAGUCGACCAUGUCAUCAAACUCAGCGUUGGCCAUGGCCUCGGCUUCGGCACCACCUUCUUCAAGUUCCUUGCUUCUUUUGCCGCAAUAUACUUACUCAUCUUGGAUCGGACAAACUGGAGAACAAAUAUGUUGACCUCACUUCUUGUUCCGUACAUAUUCCUGAGCUUCCCUUCAUCUCUGUUCUCUUUAUUGAGAGGGGAGGUUGGAAAAUGGUUUGCCUUCGUCACUGUUGUGCUUCGACUUUUCUUUCCCCGUCAGUUUCCAGAUUGCUUAGAGAUGCCUGGAUCAUUGAUUCUUCUCGUGGUUGUCUCCCCCCAUUUGUUCGCCCACAGCAUGCGGGAUGGCCCUGCCGGCAUCGUGAUAUGCUUGGCUAUAGGCUGUUACCUACUUCAAGAGCACAUCAGAGCUUCUGGUGGCUUCAGAAGCUCUUUCACGAAGAUUCACGGUAUCUCAAACACACUCGGUAUCAUUCUUCUCCUUGUUUACCCCAUCUGGCAUCUGGUGGUGCAUUUUGUGUAGGCUGUUGAAAAUUUUUGAAUUUCUUAUUAUUAUUAUUAUUAUUAUUAUUAUUAUUUUGUGCUAAACAAGCAAUUGACAUCAUUAUUUUGUAAUAAAGAUGUUAGCUCCAUAUCAUAUAUAUGGUGACCAAUUCUCUGUUAUAUUGUCUGAAAUUUCUUUUUGUCGUCUAACAUAAAAUUUCUUCAGCUUCUGCGUCGAGGUGUUUGUUUUGUCUCUUCUUUUUGUGUUGCCUAAUUCACAGUGGGUACUUUCUCUUCCCAAACAGCAAUAGAUAUAUGUGAUACCAAUGAUGCUAGUUGCAACUAGAAUUUACGCACUGA